UGCUCUGUCGCCAUGGAAACAGCGACUGGGCAACGCCGCCCGAAAGUGAUUGAGGCAAUGUUUGCUCCGGAAGAAAAAGGAAAAAUAACAAAAACCCGCACCGUUUCCUUCUUUUCUCAGCACAAUGGAAUGCUAUAAAAGUGGUUAUUCCAAAACACAAGAAAGUGUGUUUUUCGAAGACCUAAACUAAAAGAAGGAGGGAUUAUCGUAACCUAACUUGCUCAGUUGGUUCCGCAACAUCAUGACCGUCCCAGAAGAUAGAAACUUUAAAUUGAUCCAAUCAGACAAGAUCACCCAGAAAAAAAAGAAGAGAAAAGGAAAGAAAAAACAGAAACAAGGGAUUAAAGGAUCGUCCUCAACUAUUCCAGAAAAUAAAGAUAAACGAUUGUCCUCUGAGAUCUCGCCGCUCCUGUGUCCUCAGGAACAAACCCAGAUCCAAGAGCAGCUUCCCAAGCCCAAAGCGAGCAAAAAGAAAAAUGCCAAACCGGGCUCUGGCUGCAGCCAGAAAAGCAAAACACAUCAAAAAGAUUCACAGGCUAUGGUUGAAUUGACUGAUGACACCAGCAGCAGCAGAGCCAUGGCGCAUGAGACUGGGCUUGGUAUGCAGGCUAGAGAGAGCCUGAGGUGGGAAGGAGUUCUACAAGACCCCCAAGAGGAGGCCAAGAGGCUGGAGCAGUACAGAGCCAACAGGCGGCAGCGUUACAUCGCACACAGAGAGGCUCUAUUAAAAGACACCCAGCAACCCUCAAGAGAAGCUUUAAUUAAAAAAAAAGACUGACCUACAAGAACAUGGAAUUACUGAUCCUGGAAUUACAGAUCCUGAAUGAAGAAAAAAAUAAAUGAGAGCCACCUCAAAAUUGGUUUGUAGAUGAACGAAACAGCCAUCCCAGUUACUUGAAAAUGGGGGAAUUCUCCUGAAUAAAUGGAUGAAGUUUAUGUGGUUUUUCCAACAACAAACAUUUAAAACCUCAAACUUUUUCUAAAGGGAAACAAUGAUGUCACCCAACUUGUUUAAAAAAGUAAAAGUAUUCUUAUUUUGA